AUGGUGGAGGACAAAAUGGCGAAGGCAAACACGGGCUCUGAGGUGAUCAUCUUUGAUGAGAAAGCUAUGGUGGCCAGGGCGGCCCAGGAGAUGCCUAACAUAGCUAGCGUCCAUGUCUCCAAAUCCAGUAAGGUCCACAUUGGACCAAAAAUUGUCGCAGUCAAUCAAACGGUCGAGAAUAAGGAAAUGAUAAAAGAUUUGCCUUUGCCGAAGUACAUCUGGACCGUAAUAAAAAACACAAACAAAACCGAACGCCUUUCCUGCUUGGCCGCUAUAUGUGCACUUUUUGUAUGCAUAUCUUUAAUAGUCUACUAUACAGUCCAUGGCCAGAACUCCAAUGAUAUGAAAGCUGAAAAUCGAGGUCCACGCGAAUGGCUAAUAAGCAGAGACCAAUGGCUGGCUCAAGAAUACCUAUCCAGCUAUCUUCCCGAGGAGUUCAGUCCUGUGAAACUUGUGUUGGUGCAGCACACGGCCGGCGCCGAGUGCGACACUUUCGACAGGUGCGCCGCGGAAGUUCGCAACCUGCAGAAUUAUUUCCUGACACAUUACAAAUACGACAUACCGUAUAAUUUCGUGAUUGGUAACGAUGGACGCGUAUAUGAAGGCCGAGGCUGGAACAAAGAGGGAGCCCAUACCGUCGGCUUCAACAGGUGCGCUGUAGGAAUUGGAUUUAUGGGUGACUACCGCGAAGAAUUGCCAGUACAUACGAAAGUGACGCCAGAACAGCUUAGAAGCGCCCAUAUGCUUUUCGAAGAAGGUGUGAAAAAAGGUCACAUGAUUCCCGACUACCAUAUCAUCGCCGCCCGGGAUGUACGAGCCACUCAGAGCCCAGGAUCCAACCUUUACAAAGCCUUACAACAGUUCGAACAUUUCAAUAAUGGGAAACAGUAUGAACACAAGAACUGUUCCCAAAUUCACGGCUACAUCAAAUAA